AUGGCCAUUCAUAACAAGAUCUUCUUCUUUCUUUGUUCUCUCCUCUUGACAUUUCUCCAAAUCCAAACCAAAGUCUUCUCUUUCCAAUACAAAGUUGGAGAUCUAAAUGCUUGGAGCUUACCCUCCUCAACAAAUCCACAAAUCUACACCAAAUGGUCCAAACUUCACAACUUCACCCUUGGAGACUCACUUUUGUUUCUAUAUCCUCCAAGUCAAGAUUCAUUGAUUCAAGUGACACAAGAAUCCUACAAAAGCUGCAACAUUAAAGAUCCAAUAUUGUUUAUGAACAAUGGUAACUCUUUGUUUAAUAUAACAUCAUCACAUGGUGAUUUUUACUUCACAAGUGGAGUAAAUGGUCAUUGCCAAAAGAAUCAAAAGAUUCAUAUAUCUGUUGGUGGAAUUGGAAAUGUUGAUGUAGAAGAAGCUAAUAGUCCUAAUUCAUUGCCUGCAAAUGCAAAUGCACCUUCUUAUCAAGCAGCUUUUGGGAACAUUCCAGUAGCUCCUUCUUCAUCAGAUUCACAUCACAUAACUUCAAAUUUUCAUGUAUUCAUUAUUGGAUUUGGAUCUGUCAUAUAUGCACUGUUCUUUGGUUGA